GAAUCCUGUAGCAGUUGUUCGUGCUCUCCAAUGCCAGCAUAGCGAGCGCCUCCCCUGCUGAUUCGACCUUCACCGUGUUCUGCUGCUGCGUCAAUCCUUCGCUGAAGAAGAUCCACAGCAGCUCCUUAAUCAUCCAUCUCGUGCUGCCGAUCCUCUCCCUCGCCUCCUCCUCCAUCGCAGGGCUCGUCAAGGUCUCGAUUCCCAGCUUCUGGAGCAUCACGUGGCGAUCCCCGUACUGCAGUAUCUCCCUGAUGUUGCUGAUGGUGAACACGAUCUCCGAUAUCUCUUGCCGGAGCGCCUUCCCGCUCCGCCCUGUCGUGCUUGCGAGCAUCUUCACCACCUGCAGCGACCUCUUCACUGCCUUGACUUCCGACUCCGUCGCGCUCUCUCUUCUCCCCAGUCUCUCCCUGCCGAGUUGCGAGCAUCUUCUCCACCUGCCGCCUUGUUCUUCUUAUCGGGGUCGUCCGGCCGCAGCUCGUCAAAGUUCUGCUCCACCAGCCGCAUGAGCGAGAACGAGACGCAUGACGAGGCCGCGAGCAGCUGCAGCCAGUAGAGGACUCGGCUGACGUUCCGCGAGGGGAAGACCCGGCCGGGGAACGGGAGGAGGGCGACGUCGGAGGUGUGCUAUGUCAGCGGCGGCGGAGCGUCUUAUCGUGAGUCGUGGAUCAUGCUGCCGACAUUGUUCGGGAUUUUCGUGGUGUUGAUCGAGAAUGGCCGGAAGAUGAGCUUUGGAGGAGUGUUAGUGUCAACAUCUUUACGCCGUGGCCUCGGGGCCGAUACGGUUGGGUUCGGGUCCGAAUGAUUGGAGAUCUUCCCCCUUGAGACUGCUGAGGUAGUCGAUCGUGGUGGUCUGAUCGUGACGGGUCACUGUUUUCUCCGGGAGGGGACCCCUCGCCUGGGCCUUCGGUGGGAGGCACUCCGUCUUCGUCCCUACAGACAAGUCGGGUUGGGAGAGCUCGGCCCAACCCCUCCGACGAUCCAGUUAGUCGAUAGUCUCAGGGGGUUUUUCUUUUUUUUUCCCUCCCCUCUUCAUUCCGAACGCAAGGGUUUUUAUAGGGAAGGUCACCGUUUCCUGAUGUGCCCGCUUGCAAGAAGUAGGGUCGUACCUGGGAUAACGUUUGAUACCGGUAUUGGCGUUGGGUGAAGGAUCGAGCUCUUGCAGGAUGGUGACGUGCCUCGGUCGACGUUUUGGUCUGCUUUGACCAGGCUGUCAGGUCAGACGUUAGUUCGUGUCCCAUCAUUAUUAUUACCCUCGUCAAGGAGGACGCGGGAGCUGGACUUGAGAGCUCGGAAGCUCGACCGGCCGGCCUCGGCGAGGGACCAGGUGGCCUGGUGCUGCCACUCGAGCUCGUCGCUCCGGCUGAAGAUGCGGGCGCCUUCGAUGUGGAGGAUGAUGGUGAUGAACCAGAAGUCCUUCCUCUCGAGCGCGAUGGCAAAGCCGCCAAGGAGGACCACUGGCGGCCUUCUCAAGGACGGCGAGCCGGAAGGCGAAGAGCGUCAGCUUCUUCUCAGGCGCUUCGAACUCGCCGUGGAUUUUACAUGGGUCAGUUGAAUCGUUGCCGUGUUCUACGCACUUUGGAGGGGCGUCAUUCACAUCUCCCUGAGGCUCGAAGAACGUCGAGCCGUAAUGGUCAGCGAACUUGAUGCUUGCGCCGUCGGAUUGCUCCACGAUUCGCAGUCGAACACUCGGCUCGCCGUCCCUUGUUUGCUCCACAUAUAGGAAGACGAUCGAGGACGAGAGCUACUUUUGUUGUUUGCAGGUCUCAGUUCAGAAGAAAUUAACAGGCUUUAUAGGAACCGAGUUCGACGGCAUGCUUGAGAGAGAGAGAGGGAAUCUAAGAGGAUGAAGGGCGGCCAACUUUACGUGGGAUGUGGCUGGAAACUGUGCAAACUGUUCCUCCAUAAAGCAAAGAGACACAUGGAAAGGUGGAAGGGAAGAUUGAGAGAAGAUGGGGUGAGAGGGAGGAGACGAACAGCCAAAUGAACUUUGGAGGCAAGUUUUUGCUAUCAAUGGAGGAGGAAGAGUGAAGCUUGUGGCGUCAAUUUGGCUGCCCUCACCAUCUAAAUCUUCAUUGUGAUACUCGCAAGGCCUGUUUGCAAGUUUAUGCUUAAGUAUAGCAAGUUUAUGCUUAGAGCUAAACAUAUAGUUCAGGGCAAUGAUGAUCUGGUGAUACAACAGGAGAGUUACAGUAUCCUAAGGAAGAGGAUGAUGCCAUCUCAUAUGGGUUGGAUGAUUGCUUGCUCACAAGCUUCCAAGCAACCACAACUGCAGGCAUACAUCACUCUCAAAGAUUCUCUUCUGCCAAUCGUCUGUGGUAUGAAAACUGAAGGCUGUCUUUGCUGACAUGCUCACUCGGAAAAGAGCUUUCCAUUCUGAUUUGGAGUUCAUCUUCAACCUUCGUCAGUGGGUCUGUUUCCGUGUUGUUAUGGUCUCAAGAGAGGUGUAGUUUGUAAUGAAUGGUCUCAAGAGGCACGGCCAGAGCAAUUUGAAUAGAUCGUCGAGCUCCGCCUUCGAACAGCAUGUGGCCUUUCGCGAGAGGGAAACGAGCGUCGAAGGAGAAGGCCGCGGAGACGAGUGGCGAGGGUAAACACCGGGAGGAGGAUGGCCUUCUUCAAGAACUCGGAGUGACGGAUCGGCUGCGCGAAUUCGUCAAAACCUUCACCGUCGACACCUUCAGAUCGUUCCCCCUUCAUGAUGAUCAGGCUGCAGACCCUGCCGACGUCUGCGCCCAGUCUAAUGUCACGAAGGAUCUCACGGAGUGGCAGGAGCGGCAUGCUACCCUGGUUCUCUCCGAAGUCAAGGAAAUUGCACAGCUUCGAUAUGUUUUGUGCCCUAGGCAUCUGAAGGAAAGACAGUUCUGGAGAAUAUAUUUUCAACUUGUUAAGAGCAAUGUCGCUCCAUAUGAGAUGCAUGCCAUACAGAAAGCAAGGAUGAAAAAGUUGGAGAUGGAGGUAGAAGAAUCAUUAAUCAAGGGUGCUAUUGAGGUCGAGAUGGCAGAAACAAACCGUGGAAGUGGUUCAUCGAUGACACUGAUAAGUAAAGAGAAUUCUCUCUUGAAGGAUGAUAUCGAUAGAGUUUGAAAGGGCAGGUGAAUCCUCAGAGUCCACUGACACAACUGAUGCAAAAGUUUGAGAUAUAAGUUUCUUGCAAGUGCAUGGACCAAACCUUGAUUUCCUUCAUCCGUUGUUGGCAUCCCCAUUAUUGACCUUUGAACAACAGCUGUCUUACCACUUAGCAUGAUGACUUCAAAUCAAAGAAACAACUGACCUGACCUCUGAACAAUCUCGUUUAUCAUGUGUUUCUUCCUUCUUGGUCUGGAACUGUUCUAGAAGCAUGUGGAAGCCCGUUCAAGGUUGAGAACAGACAGGGACACGGUGUUCAGAUGUAGAAGAAAGGUGUCAUCGUAGGUCAUGGGCAGUCCUAAAAGUUGUGCUUGGCUUAUUGUUGAUAGUUUAAACCUCAUUGUUAGAAUGGUCAAAACCCCUCCUUUUUUCCCCUUGAGGUUGAGCUUCUUUUCUGUGUCUGUUCCUGAUCGGUUGCUUUGGUGAAGUGUACCGUGACUGAUCCAUUUUGACCAGGUGUUACUUGUUGUUCAAAUUCAAAUGAAUUCAAAAUCAUGUAAAGCUUAA